AUGAUAAAAGAACUUUAGAUAAAAUUUUAUAUUGAAGGACAUGAUUAUGUUGAAUUAGCUUAUUUGAAUGAAAAAUGUAAAGCUAAUAGAGUUUAUUGUCAUGAAUGUCUUAGGAAUGGAGAUCAUGUUGCUCAUAUUAAGGAUUAGAAGAAUUUAAAGGAACUAAUUGAAUUUUUUUAUAAUGUUGAAUAAGAAAAUGGAAUAUUAAUAUCAGAAUUAAGUUUGAUAUUUGGAGAAAUAAUCAAAUUAUUUGAAUAAUUAAAAAAAGGAUUGGAAUAAAAAUAUCAAUUCUCUAAAGAGAGGUUGUUAGGAUUGAAUGCAAAGCAAUUGAAUUCAGCUUUAGAUUAAGUGAUCAAAUUUGAUGAAUUUAAAAAAGGUUUAUUUGACGAAAUAAAGAAAUUUUCAGAUGAUAUGAUCAUAUCAUUAAAAAUAUAUAUAACAGAGUUGAAAAUAGAGUAAGUAUAUUAUAUUUAAUCUAAUCAAUAAGAAUAAGUAGAAUAAUUAUAUUAAAAAGGUAAUCCAAUGAUUUAUUAAGGAUACAAAUUAUAUGUUGAAGGUAAAUAUAAAGAAACAAUUAAAUUAUUCGAUGUUGCAUUUAUGAUUAAUCCUAAACAUUUCAAUUCAUUAUAUAUAAAAGGUAUACAAAUCAUAUUCAAAUUUAUUAGCAGAUUCUUUAAGUAUGCUUGGGAAUCACAAAGAUGCAAUUAUUUGGGCAGAUAAAGCUCUGUCUAUAGAUUCGAACCAUGUCAAUUCAUUAUUUACAAAAGGUAUGCAAAUCAUACAGAAAUGUAUUAGCUGAUUCUUUAAAUAUGCUUGGGAAUAACAAUGAUGCAAUUAUAUGGGCAGAUAAAAAUUUGUCGAUAGAUUCGAACCAUGUCAAUUCAUUAAUUACUAAAGGUAAUUUAAAUUCUUACACAUAGGUGACUCAUUAACAAUGCUGGGUAAAUAUAAAGAAGCUCUUACGAUUUUAUACUAAGUAUUGAAUCUUAAUCCAAAUCAUGAUACAUCUUUAGGUAGUAAAGGUUUACUAUAUUUUAAUAGAUUUAAUUUUAUACAACAAUUAUAAAAAUAUUCAGAAGCUAUUAUUUUUUACAAUAAGGCUAUUUAGAUCAAUCCUGAUUAUUAAUGGGCUAAAAAUUAUAAAGGUAUUUUAUAAUUUAUAUUUAUAGCUGAAUGUGAGAAAUAACUCAAACUCAAAAAGUGA